GCUGAACACUGCAGUUUCCUGAAGUAUUAAAGAGCUUUGCUUUUUUUUUUUUUUAAAAUUGGCUUCUGUAUAAUACGAAUUGGGAGUUCAUGAUGCACACCAGUGGAAUGGGCAGCCACACAAAAAUCCUCAUGUGGUUUCUUCUGUUCUAUAUGUUCAUCAAGAAGGCGUUCCCUACCGGGGAUGACACCAUCAUUGCUACUAAGAAUGGAAUGGUCAAAGGCGUCCAGUUACCUGUGCUUGGUGGAACAGUAACUGCAUUUCUUGGGAUCCCUUUUGCAACACCGCCUAUUGGUAGACUGCGUUUCAAAAAGCCACAACCUCGAGAAGAAUGGAAAGGAACCUGGGAUGCCACCAAGUAUGCCAACUCCUGUUUUCAGCUCCUAGAUAAUACUUUCCCUGGCUUUGCAGGGUCAGAGAUGUGGAAUCCAAACACAAGGCUUAGUGAAGACUGCCUUUAUCUCAAUGUAUGGGUUCCGUCUCCCAAGCCUAAAAAUGCAACAGUCAUGGUAUGGAUCUAUGGGGGUGGCUUCCAAACUGGGACAUCCUCAUUAUCUGUUUAUGAAGGCAAGUUUCUAGCCCGUGUGGAAAGAGUCAUUGUUGUUUCAAUGAAUUAUAGAUUAGGGCCUUUGGGAUUCUUGGCUUUGCCAGGAAAUGAAGAAGCCCCAGGAAAUGUGGGUUUGUUUGAUCAAAGGCUAGCACUUCAGUGGAUCCAUGACAACAUAGAAGUCUUUGGUGGCAAUUCCAAAAGUGUGACAUUAUUUGGAGAAAGUGCUGGAGCGGGGUCUGUUAGCUACCAUAUUCUUUCUCCUCAAAGCUAUCCUCUCUUCACUAGGGCAAUCAUGCAAAGUGGAGCUGGAAAUGCCCCUUGGGGUGCAAUUCUACCAUCUGAAGCAAGAAGGAGAACUCUAGUUCUAGCUGAGCUCCUCCACUGUACUAGCAAAAAUGAAACUGAGAUCAUUUUUUGUCUUCGGCACAAAGAUCCCCAGGAUAUAUUGGAGAAAGGAUUAGCUGUUUUAACUUACACUAGUCUUAUAAAUUUGUAUUUUAGUCCCGUGGUUGAUGAUGAUUUUCUCACCGAUAUGCCAGCAUUAUUGCUGAAAAACGGGCACUUUAAACAAACACAGAUCUUGAUAGGAGUGAACCAAGAUGAGGGCACAGCUUUCCUUGUGUACGGUGCACCUGGCUUCAGCAAAGAUAACAACAGUCUUAUCAAUGAAAUAGAAUUCCAGGCAGGUUUGAAACUUUCUUUUCCAGGAUUAAAUGAAAUUGGAUUGGAAUCUAUUGCUUUUCACUAUGCAGACUGGGAAGAUGAGAAGAAUAUUUUCAAUUAUCGUGAAGCCAUGGAUGAUAUCAUUGGGGAUUACAAUUUCAUAUGCCCUGUGGUAGAGUUCAUAAAACAAUUUGCCUUGGCAGGGAACAAUGCUUUUUUGUACUUCUUUGAGCACAGAUCUUCAAAACUUCCUUGGCCAGAAUGGAUGGGAGUUCCACAUGGUUAUGAAAUUGAGUUUGUAUUCGGACUGCCUCUAGAGCGAAGAGUUAAUUAUACCAAAACAGAGGAAGCACUGAGCAGAUCUAUGCUGAAGUACUGGGCAAAUUUUGCAAAAACUGGAACACCCAAUGGAAGUCAGAUGAAUGGGACAAGAUGGCCAGUCUUCACAACAGCUGAACAAAACUACUUAACAUUAAGCACAAACGCUGCAAAGAUUCAUACAAAGUUACGUGCCCAGAAGUGCCGAUUCUGGAACAUCUUUUUUCCUAAAGUCCUGGAGAUGUCAGGUCAUUUUGCUGAAAGUAUUGAUGAAGCAGAACAAGAGUGGAAAGCAGGAUUCCUUCGCUGGAACAAUUACAUGAUGGACUGGAAAAAUCAAUUUAAUGAUUACACUAGUAAGAGGGAAAGCUGCACAGGUCUCUAAUUAAAAGUUUUAGCCUUUCUGGAAUGCUUGUACUGUCAAAGAUCAAGGCAAACAUGGAGAUAGUUAAUGUAGCAUAUCUAGCAAUAAGGCAUAUUAGGCAGGCUCAGUGACCCAUCACAAAUGUACCAUUCUUCUAGGCCCAUUUCUAUUUAUAUCAAUAAUGGUUAUGAAAGCACUUCCACCUUUUGAAGUCUCAGGAAAUGUAAAAUGGGAUUAAAGCAAUUAAAGUUAGAGGAUGAUUGACGUAGAUAUGAUGGCCCCAGUCCAAUUGUAAAUUAUACUCUUUUAAAAAAAAUGUUAGCAUCAAACUGGUUGUACCAGCUAUGCAUGCCAAUUUUGGUACGCAUUGGAAUAUGCCCCUCACUCAAGGCAAAGCUUCACAGGCUAAACCCUCUUUGGCCAUUUGUCAAAUGGAAUUGUGUACCUUCCAGGAAUGUGCAUAACUAGCUCAUUCUACUCCUAUGUCCACAUUGACCAGAAACAUCUGCAAAUAGGUGUUUGAAUGAGUGUGGUAAGAGUGUGAUGCAUGAUGUGGAGACACUCAGUGAGCACUAAAACCAGGUACAGUCUCUUUACAAACCUUCUGGUUUGACCCAGGAAGAUUAGUAGAGAAAGGGGAAUAUGACCCAUCGCUACUCCAUAACCAGCCUUUCCAAAUCCCUGAAAAAAAGCUUCAUCUGAUCUACAGCUCCCACAGUCUUUUCAUUUGCCCAAGAUGACUGUCACUAAUAGAAGUUGACACCUGAAACAUAUCAUGGCUAUCAGGUUCCCUAUGCCUAGACUACAUCCUCAUUUAGGUCUACAUUCAAAUGCGUAGCUGAAUGCACCUCUUACUUAAGCUGCAAUUUAAUUAUGCAAUUGUAAUUAACCAGAUUUGGGUAAGAAAACUGCUGUUCAAAUAAGCAUUUUCAAUGUGAUAACAAACACAACUGCUUUUUAUCUUUAGUGCAGCACAGAAAUAUCAGUACCAAUAUAGCAAGCCCAAAAGGCUUAGAUUCCAAUGUCGCAGCAUUUUAAUCUUGCUUCAGCUGUAGUAUUUUAUGAGGGAGAAAAUAUAGAGAACUUUUUUCUUCCCUUCCUUAGAUCUUUGUCCUCAGUGGUCACAAUCAUCACAGAAAACAAUAGGUAGUACAAUAAUUGACUCAAAGCUUCAAUGCUCUUGGCCCUUAAUACAUUUCUCAGUUCCGGUACAACUAAUUAGAGGUAUACAUUGCUGAUUGACACAAUUUUCCUAACUAAUGUAAGCAGAGAGGCUAUCUAAAUUAGUAAUCAAAUAGCUACCAAAAGCUAUCUUUUACCAUCUUGAUUCCAAAAGAUAUCCCAAUGUGAAAAAGAUAGCCAGAGAAAUAGCAGCAGAAAAUAAGAAACAGGAUGGCAAGCUGCAGAAUGAAGAUGCUCUCACACACAACACACAGACACAUCAUCACAUACACAACACCUCUUUUCUAUUUUGUAACCAAAAGUGUUGGACUCUGACCAGCCCUUUUCUAUCAGUCUUGUCAUGGUAUAGUAUUAAAAUUUAAAGGAGAUUUGGGGGGGUCCAGAGGGAGGGGGUUUGGGGCAAUUCCUCAACAGGGAAGUUCAAGUCCUGACUUAAGAUAUUUUUUAUUCAUCAGUCAUAUUUGAUCCCUUUCUCCUUAUAUCAGGCCUUUGGUAUCCUGCCAUGAUGUUGUACUUUCUCACUUUUUAGUGAUAAAAAUCAUGUUUCUGGAUGGACUGUAUGUCUCAUAGAUCAUUACAAUGAUUAUCAUAAUGGUCACUGCAAGAGAUUACUGCUAAGUGUGCCUGCAAUGAAGUGAUGUUCCAUACAAACAUGGAUUCUCUCUGCUUCAGCUAACCCUUAACUUUUGCAUCUCCAAAUAUCUUUCACACAGGUAGUUGCUAGGAAGUGUGGUUAAUCGGUAUCACCAACUUUAUAGGGAAAAAAGCUUUUGUUAGAGUGGUUAAAUCAAAGAGAGUUUAAGAGUUGUUAAAUUUCUUGCUUUUAUGAGAAAGAAACAUUCCGAGGAUCAAAAACUCAUUCACAAAUCAUAUUAGUUUUCCCUAUUGGAGCCAGAGAAGAACAGAAUGGCUUCCUUGAGCUGGAUCAAAUGGAACACUACAACAAGAAACAUUUUUCUCCCUGUAAUCUCAUUCCUCUAGGGCAUGUGCUGAAAAUGUUUAUCUGUACUUCUCAUUUGCAGAAUGCUUUGCAAUUCUCAAUUUAUUUGUUCUUGUAACAUCCCUGUGUAGUAGUUCAGCAUUGUUCCUAGUAUACAGUUUAUUAACAGCACAGUCUUGUAGAGGUUUAUUCACAAAUUUAUCCCUCUGAGUACAAUGAGACUUAUUCCCAAAUAAAUUAAUAGGGCAUGUGGCAGAUAAACUUUAGAACUGGUAGGGCUUCUUUGGGAUUUUCAAAUUGCCUCUUUCUCUGUGUAUACAUGAGUUGUGCUGUAAGAAAGGAAUUAAGAGUUUUGGCUGGGAAACUGUGAUGGAAUGGCAUGGGACUGGAAGGGAGGUAAAGAAUGUGAUCUC